AUGAACAUGAAGAAAUUUCUAAAAAAGCUGCGUAUCGUGCCGAAUCAACGAGAAGACGGCGAAGGGUCAGUCUCGAACAGGAGCAACAAGUCGUCGAGUGAUGCAGAGCCAUCUCCUUCAGAUUCAUCGAGGUCUCACGAUAACCCUGAAUUCAAACCCUUUUCGGGUUUAUCGAAUUGGUUAAGCUCUGUUGGUCAAAAGAAAAGCCCUGCUCCAGCGACUUCUUCCAAUGCCGAGAACACAGGGGAUGAAACUACCGUUGGAUCAGAAUCGGCGAUGCAAGAUUUGGGUUCAAGUAAUUCAAAGGAUCCAGAGGUUGAAGAAGAGUAUCAGAUACAGCUGGCUCUAGAGUUAAGUGCUAGGGAGGAUCCUGAAGCUGCUCAGAUUGAGGCUAUUAAACAGUUCAGUUUAGGUUCUCGUCCUCUUGCUCCCGAGAAUUCUCCAGCUGAACUUAUGGCUUAUAGAUAUUGGAAUUAUAACUGUCUUGGCUAUGAUGACAAGAUCGUGGAUGGUUUCUAUGACUUGUGUGGAGUAAUGAAUGAAGCUUCUUUAGAAAAGUUACCUCCCUUAGUUGAUCUUCAGGGGACACUUGUGUCAGAUGGUUUAACUUGGGAAGCGGUUUUAGUGAACAGAAGCGAAGAUCCUAAUCUGCUGAGACUUGAACAGAUGGCUCUUGAUAUUGUUGCUAAAUCAAAAUCGGCGUCUUCUUCCGGCUUCGUCAACAGUGAAUUGGUGAGGAAACUUGCUGUUUUAGUUGGAGAUUACAUGGGUGGACCAGUUGUGGACCCAGAUAGCACAUUAAGAGCUUGGUGGAGUCUGAGUUACAGCUUGAAAGCAACCCUCUGUAGCAUGGUUUUGCCUCUUGGUUCUCUAACUAUUGGAUUGGCUCGUCACCGUGCCUUGUUGUUCAAAGUUUUGUGUGAUAGUGUCGGUGUUCCUUGUCGAAUUGUCAAAGGACAGCAAUAUACCGGUUCAGAUGAUGUGGCAAUGAACUCCAUUAAGACUGAUGAUGGCAGGGAGUAUAUUGUUGAUCUCAUGGGAGAUCCAGGCACGCUUAUCCCUGCUGAUGCAGCUGGACUACAAAUGGACUAUGAUGAUUCGGUCUACUCUGCCAGUCCCAGAGAUGUUGAUUCAUCUCACGUAGCAUCUUCCAGCAGUGGGGUCGAGAGCUCAUUUGAAGGGCACACAGAGUCUUGGUCAGCGGAACAUCGCUCUAGGACCAAGGGUUCUCGGGAGGAAAAACAAUCUGAAGGUGGAGGGGAUCUCAUGAUUCGUCCAAAUAUGUUUAGGGAAGUUGUGGGAAGUCACAGGGCUCCAGUUCAAGAUCUUUUCAGCAAGCAUACUCAUCCUUUCUCCCAUGCCAGAUCACCUUCUUGGACUGAAGGUGUUAGCUCUCCAGCCGGACGCAGGAUGAAAGUCAAAGAUGUUUCACAAUAUAUGAUCGAUGCUGCCAAAGAGAACCCACAACUAGCUCAGAAGCUUCAUGAUGUGUUACUUGAAAGUGGAGUUGUUGCUCCUCGGAAUUUAUUUUCGGAAGUCUAUUCAGAGUCGAUGGAGGCAACAGGUGAACUGAAAUCUGUGGCUGAAUCCAGUGAUGAGAAAGGGAGAGAUUCUGGAACAAUUCAACAAAUAAGAAACCAGAGCAAUCUUGGUCCUGUGAGGUUUUUGCCUCCACUCCCAAGACCGCAACAUAAAGCAUAUACUCAUGACAUACGUGAACAUUCAGGACAUGGACUCGGUCAUUUGUCUGAUUCGUCACAUUCUGAAACAUCUAUUGACUAUCCCAGAAAUGUUCCUGUUGCCGUUGCUGCAGCGGCUGUUGUUGCAUCUUCCAUGGUUGUUGCUGCCGCCAAGUCAGCAAACUCGGAUUCCUCCACCUUGGAACUUUCUGCUGCAGCUGCUGCUGCUGUUGUGGCGACAGCUGCAGCAAUGAGCAGGCAGCUUGAACUAGAUUCACAAAGCAAUGGUGAUGCUGGUUCUGGUGGGCUUCACGGGCCAAAUUCAGGAGGAGAAAGAAUAUCCGACAGAUCUACUGGCAAUGAAAGCUCAAAAUCUGAUGCUGCGAUUGAUGAUGUGGCUGAAUGCGAGAUUUUGUGGGAGGAAAUUACUGUGGCUGAGCGUAUUGGACUUGGAUCAUAUGGAGAGGUGUAUAGGGGAGAUUGGCAUGGAACUGCAGUGGCUGUCAAGAAGUUCAUUGACCAAGACAUUACUGGAGAGGCACUGGAGGAAUUCAGAAGUGAGGUCCGGAUGAUGAGAAGGCUCAGACACCCUAACAUUGUUCUCUUCAUGGGAGCUGUAACCCGCCCACCAAACCUCUCAAUUGUUACAGAAUUUCUUCCUAGAGGUAGCUUGUAUAGGUUAAUCCACAGGCCUAAUAACCAAUUGGAUGAGCGAAAGCGUCUGAGGAUGGCUCUUGAUGCUGCUCGUGGGAUGAAUUAUUUGCACAGCUGUAAUCCGGUAAUUGUACACCGUGAUCUGAAAUCUCCAAACCUUCUCGUUGACAAAAACUGGGUUGUCAAGGUGUGCGAUUUCGGAUUGUCUAGAAUGAAACUAAGCACAUACCUCUCUUCAAAGUCAACAGCAGGCACGGCUGAAUGGAUGGCUCCAGAAGUGCUUAGAAACGAACCUGCGGAUGAAAAGUGCGAUGUGUACAGCUAUGGAGUCAUUCUCUGGGAACUCUUUACGUUACAGCAGCCAUGGGGGAAAAUGAACCCAAUGCAAGUUGUUGGCGCGGUUGGAUUUCAACAUCGGCGACUUGAAAUCCCUGAAUCUGUGGAUGCUGGAAUUGCAGAUAUCAUCACGAAAUGCUGGCAGACGGAUCCAAGGCUAAGACCAAGUUUUGCAGAGAUCAUGACUUCUCUAAAGCAGCUACAAAAACCUGUAGUGACUCCAAACAUUCAGAGAGCAGUUGCCAGUUCUUCUUCAUUGAUCACUGAGCAGGAACAAUAG